UCCGCAACUCGUCGACGUCCUCGCAGAGCACUCAUUCGCUUCCUACUGGAUUCAUGCCGAAAGAGCACACCUCUAGUGGGAGCGUUCGCGAAUUCAGUCUACAGAGUUUCAAAGUGGUCCACGCGCCUGCUAGCGUGACGCUCAACCUUUUGGCUACGUUCACAGGGAUGCUUUUUCCAUCUCCACAAUUUUUUAUGAGUGCUGUUGUAGAGGUCGAGCUGUCGUCACAUCACGUCCAGCCUCACGCGCAGAAAAACCGGGCAGGCGUUUGACUAGAAUCGGCCGAGUUUUUUCCAGAUGUGCAGAAACAGACGCAAAACCCAGAUCGGCUUUUUGCGCAACUCACUGUUGGCUUCUCGUUCGCUUGACAACAGGCCCUCACGGAUAUCUGAAUUUUCGGACUCCUCUUUUGCAGGCACUUGCAGCGUUUCAGCCCUGCAACUACCCGCGUUGCGUUUCUUGGACUUUUUGCAACUUGGCUCGCGGGUUGCGCAAGCUCCAGAAAGCACGUCUUCCUUUCUGAAAUAGUUCUCGACUCCGUCAUUUGUAUUUUGCCAAAGGUCACCUUGAAGGGCUAGACCUUUGUAGUCAGUUCAUCGCUUAUCUCUGUGGUCAAAGUCACCUACCUAGAACUCGUGAGUUCUUCCCACUCAGCCGGUUGAGCACUACCCUGAUUCAGCUCUCGGCGCCUUCUCUGGAGUUUUUCCUUGUACGUGGACUCUCGAAACUUUGCAACAUGACGCUUCUGGCUGCAUCCCCGUUGAACGGGCGUUGAUUUUUUCCACUUUCUUCAUGCAAAACUAAAGUCCGUAGCAGGACGCAUCUCUUUUAAUGCCUUGUCUUGCACCCGACAAUAUAGACGACCACGCCGUGGGCGUGGUCUUGACGUUGUACUUGAUUGUUUGCUUUUUCCCUUGUCACUUUUACCGACUUGACGUGUACACUCCUAGAGACAGGUAUCGUGCUGAGCACUUCCUGGCUACUCGCACGUAGUUGUUUGCGUCUUUGCGUGUCGCGUCAAAAAGCAAAAGCCAGGAAAAACUGAAACAAACGAAAUCCGCCUAUCCCUUGUGACAACCCGCGCUCGACGUUUUUGUCCACGUUCCACCACCACCCUCGCAUCGUCGAAAGAACUCGUUCGUUCUUCGACACGCAACGUACGUCAACAUGAGCGACUACGCUCCGUCUCGUUUCGCGUCGCCUCCGGGAAAUGCGCACCCAAAGUCGCCGCUGUUUGCGAGGCCUCAUUCAUGUCGAGAAAUGGAAACGCGCGCUUCCGUCGGAACAUCUCGCGGCUCCCGACAGCCCCUCUGCUUGCGGGGAAGUCCUCACGGGUGUCUGUCUCCUCAAAAAGGUCAAGACCGCCUACCUAGUUUUUCGCCUCUAAGGACUCAACCUACCCUCUUGUCACCGCCGUUUCCCUCGAAAGGUUGCUUUUCUUCCUGUCUACCUUCAUCUCAAGCGUUCACUUCACACCGCGCUCGAGGUCCGUCUCCAGAGGUACACGCAGUGUCGGCCGACGCAAGCACAUCGUCAAGUCCUAUUUCUCCUGCCUCUCGGAGUGCAUCUGAACAGCAGCCGAGACGCGAAAUGUGCAGUCCGCCCGGUGCGUCUUCAGACUCGACCUCCCCAACAGGUUCCUCGUCUUGUUCAGCCGAGCAAGACGACGUCCUCUGCUUCCGGCAGCGCUUUCACCUUCCGCCGCUGCUCCACCUUUCGACAUCAAGGAAAAGACUGCGGGAGGAAGACGCGUCCGCCUCAGCCUGCAUCUCGUCUCUGGGAAACCUCCCGCUAGAUGUGGAUACGAAACGAAGGCGCCAAGAAUACGAUCGCCUCUCCACCGCUUCCCUCUCGAGUUUCAGAAGCCCCAAGACGCCGCGUCUACCUUCUUGCCUGGCGCGGAGGGACCCCGAAGAGUCGCAUGCAGACCUGUCGGAAAGCAGAACCUUUCUCCAGCGUUUGGAGGCGGCAGGGCAAAGUCGAAAAGGCGACACGAGCAGAGAGACCAUCGAAGCCGACGAGAAGAAGGUUCUUUCGACCCACUCAACUGACACAUCCGUCCAGAGGUCGCCGUCCGAGUCGGCGGAACGGAGAAGCUUCGGUAAGCGGAGUGACCCAAACAAUGGGCUGCCGAUGGCGCAUUCACCAACGCCUUUCACCUCCAAACGAACGGACUUAGGGCAUGCACUUGACAACGCUCUGUCGAUGCGUGCAGCCUCGCGUUGUGGUUUCCCAGGUCCCGCUGAAGCCACUGUUGCACCGGCGGCUUCCGGUGCGUCGCGAACCGCUUCGCCGCUGCCGUUUACUGUGCCGGUUGUUCUGGCGGCAUCUCCGCCGACGAUGCCUUCUGCCUGUUCACCUGAUCUUUGUCGCGCCUCGACUUCCCCACUUUCCUGUGCAGGAGUUUCGUCUCUGGACGCACCACAAGCCGUUGGGCGCAGGUCGGAAGUCGCCGCAUGCGUGAGCCCUGCCGCCAGCGAAGAGACAGUUGGAGACACGCGCGAGCACGCGGAUCUCUCUUCGCCUGUGGCUUGGCCUGUGGCAUGUCUGGCGUCGUCUCCUGGAGUCGCCAAGAAGCCUCUAGAUCUUCAGAUCGAUCCAGAGCAACCUCGAGGGAACGACAAGCUUGUAGAGCCUGAAUUCCCCGGAGGCACCGCUGCUGUGUCUGAAUCGGCUCCUGUGGCUGGCGCAGAUGCGCCACGGCUCUGCGACUACGGACUGAGUGAAGCAGGCGUUCUUCCUGCCUCAGGUCCUUGGCUCCGCAAGCCGAAUCCAAUGCUCACCCCCGACACAGAGUGGGCUGCUCCCUCGUCGCAAGAAGAUCGGGCCUGUACCCAGAAGGAAACCAGUGCAGCUCGCCUUGCUCCGAAUCUCCUGUAUCGGCAAGCAGACGCAGCUGCCGACAACGUUACGAAGGGCCAUGAAGACGACAGCCAAUUCCCCCUUCGUUCUGGAUCCUUCACUUCAUCGGCAGUCGCAUGUCCUUCUCCACCUGAUGUACAGGCGGACUCAGAAGCUGCGUGCACCUGGGGAACGCCAGGAAACGGGGAUACCUGCGAGAGUACGGGAGGCUGGCGGGGUGCCACAAACGUCGAAGCGCACACAUGCCUCACUGGCGAGGACGGAAGCCGGUAUGGGCUGCAGGGUCCGUUAAGUCAAGACUCGCCUUUCCAGCCGCCUUUGCCCUCGAUGCGACCUGUGCAUUUUGGAGGUUUCGAGGCCUGGGGAGGUAACAGUGAGGCCUCUCAGGGAGACGCACAGGGCCUACAGUUCCCUCGCGUCGAACGUUUUUCAUCUCGCAGAACAGAACACGGAAGCGAGGGAGGUUUCUGCGGACAGCUGGCCGGAGAGCUGUUGCCCACGUCUACAAGUGGGCAGCCGCACAGCCAGCAUGUCGCGGAUCUUGAAAGUCAUACCGGAGCGGUCUUCGCCUCCUGUGACCCCGCUAUGCAUGCGCAUGCUUCCCUCUACGGUUAUCCGGGUGCGUUCUACAACAGCUUUGGUACGGCUUCGUCGAUCUUCGACCUAACUCAGCCGCCUCAAGCGUUCCUCUACGGUGGCACUUACGGGAACAACGGACCUGAUGACUACUGUGUGCAUCGCACGAACUCCACAAGUUGUCAAGGCUUCACUGCGCCGGACAACAUCUCCACAGGGACCCUAAACACUGCUGACGCACAGCAAGAGUGGACUACACCCGCGCCGGUUUCUGACGCUGCAGUUGGCCACUGGGAGACCUCCGACUUUGGGCCUCAACAUCUCAACGGACGCGCUUCGUCCAGUGUCCCGGACCACGGUGGUGGGCUUCCUUUCGGGGGAAACGGAAACUCUUGGGGAACGUCAGGAAACGGGGAUGCCUGGGGAACGCCAGGAAACGGGGAUACCUGCGAGAGUACGGGAGGCUGGCGGGGCACCACAAACGUCGAAGGGCACACAUGCCUCACUGGCGAGGACGGAAGCCGGUAUGGUUUGCAGGCUCCGUUAAGUCAAGACUCGCCUUAUCAGCCGCCUUUGCCCCCGAUGCAACCUGUGCAUUUUGCGAACUUCUACUCGGCCUGUUUUCCGCCUCUGCCUCCGCCGCCUGUGUUUCCCGGCAUCGGCUGUGUCUCCGCGUCAUAUCCUGACAUCUUACUUCCCCAAGCGCGUUUCCUCUCCCAAUCCUGUCCAGGGCCGCCAUCUGUACUCCGGUGUCCCCCGCCGGCUGCCCUGCUUCGCGGGUCUUCGCCUCUGGAUUGCUGGAGUCUGCCUGCUCUCCCCAGUCUGCCGCGAAUCCCGUCGGACUUCGCGUCCGACCCCGCGUCGGUCCCCUUGCCGGCGGCUGUCCAGAACCUCCCCGAGGACUCGCCGAGACUCCGCCUGCCAUGUCAGGGCGCCUCCACUCGCGACCAGUCACCGCUGCAGUAUGAGGGGAACUUUGGCGGCUCCGAUGAAGUCCUUCGACCCCAGGUCGAGGUUGCCGAGAACCGCGGAACGCCGAACUUCCUCGCCGCCUCUUACAGCCUUCUCGGGGCCUUUUCGUGCGAAGGCGACAACAGGGACAACGAGUACGAGACGCAACUUUGGCAGCAGCUGAACGAGUCCGGAGAGCUGGGCGUUUCGGGACUCCCUCAGCCUUACAGCGUCGAAGAGGGCCGUCGACAAGAGCUCCAGUCUCCGUACCCUGCACCCUACGAGAACAUCCCGUAUUCGACUCCCUCCUACAAUAGCGUUUCCUACACUGCAGCCUCCAAGGACCGUCUCGUAGGCGACAACACAGCGUACAACGGCGCUGCCUACUGCCCGUUCUACGGCGGCUCGGGCAUGUAUGAGACUCCCCAGAGGAGCGAGGAAAACAGCCUGUAUUCAGCAGAUCCCCAAGUUCACUUCUCAGAGUCGGAGAAGACAGGUUCGUCGGACUCGUUUCCCUACUCCUUCUUCUCUCUGGGGACUCCGGCGCUGUACCCAGGGGGAAGCCUUCAGACGGGAGCACACUUGGAGGAAGUUCCAGGCAGCGGAGACGCGGAAGGUUCUGCAUGGAGUCCUUCGCUGGAGUCGCGGCGACUGCGAGGACGGACUCGAUCUCCUCACGCGCAGUCGCCCAACUCGAACCGCUCCCGGGGGGCCGCGUGGACUUUCUCUCCCGCGUCUCUGCCGUUCGAAGUUCCGGCCGCGGCGAAGGCGUCGGGGAGGAAGCGGCGGGCGCCGGGAUCGCUGCCGGCUCAGACCGACCGCGGCCACAAAGACUUUUUGCUCGAGCUUCUCGCUUCGCGUCUGGAGCCUGUGAAGGGGGUGCACAUGGACAGGCUGCGGAAGACGUGGGUAGCGUCUUGGCUGGUCGGCAAGCGUCGAAUAACGCGGAUUUUUUCCUUCCAGAAGUUUGGGUUUUUCGGCGCGCGCGAGCAAGCCAUCAGACAUCGCCGCGAGGCUCUUUUGAAUCCGGAACUGGACAACUCAGAGAGACGCGAGGCCCUGGCAAAUGUGGAGCGGGCAACGGACGAUGAGUUACAGCAGGCAGCCGACGCGCUGCCGUUCGUGGUCGGAGUCACAUACCACCGCGCGAGUCGCUGCUGGGUGGCGAACCAUCGGAAACCGAUGGGGAAAAUCGUGCAGCGGAAGAAGUUCGCAGUCGCCGAGCUCGGUUUUUUGGAGGCCCGGUACCACGCCGCCGUCAUGAUGUUCUGCUGGAAUAAGCAAGGGCGAACGCAGGAGCCUGAGGACUACGACCAAGGCGCCACAGAGGCCUUCAACUCCAGGCAAGUUCCGCAGCGACCGGGGGACGACCGCGCCUUCGAGUUCAGCCACCCCACAUGUUCCGAGAACGAGCCACUCUACACCCUGAAGGCGCUGGACAGCGGGACUUGCGACGACGCCAUGGUGCUCCUGGCCUUCAUUUGCGGCAGUCCGUGGAGAAAAAUCUGCAGAGGCCAGCAGUGCGGAGACGAUCCCACGCUCUUGGAAGCCGCCUCAACCAUCCAGACUGAAAAGUCCCUCUGGCGAACGCGCGUAAAGAGCGCCGCCGACGAAGUCCGAGAAGGCCCCCAGCGCAGACUCGAGGGCACCGACGCCGGAGACUCGGGCGCCUUUCCCCGUGGACAGAGCCCAGAGAAAGGCAGGCCUCGCCGGAGGCGGAAGACCGCGACACUCAGGGAACAAGAAGACGUAACCGAAGACAAGACAGAGGACGGCAGAGAAGACAAGACAGAAGACGGCGGAGAAGACAAGACAGAAGACGGGGGAGAAGACGGCAGAGAAGACGAGGGAGAAGACGAGGGAGAAGAUCCGGGACAUGGCUGGGGAGAGAGAAGGCGAUGCCGAAAGAGCGACAGGGAAAACGCGGGUGAAGCGGAACGCGGACAGAAAAGGGAGAAGAGGCAGCAGAGCGAAGGGCGCUGCGUCGUCGCGGAAGUCGACCUGAGAGACGCGAAAGACACGGUCGUGCGUCGGAAUCGAGUAGCACGCAGAGAGGGUCUCGAAACAGGUUUUGGCAAGAAGAACGCGAAAUCUGGAGCAGAGAGCUGUUUGUCGCAAACGCCCGCUCUGGGGCCUUCAUCCCCCCCGUUCCCCGUUUCGUUCAAGAAGAGACGAAAAAGCUCAAGCCGGGAAGCCGACUUGCGGCAGAGUCGUCCGCGUCGACACAGGAACGACACCGAAGAAGCAAGGAGCAUCUGCGAGGACUCCCCGUCAUCCGAAGUUGCACCGACGCCAGCGAGUUCUUCGUUUUCCCCUGCAGCUUCACUGUCGUCUGACGGGUCUCGCCUCGGAAGUCACAACCACGACUUAACAGAUAGUGGACGAAGCGCGUCGGUAAGUCGAGGAAGGUCGACUGAUUUCUCGAUGUUCGCCGGCCUGCCAUAUUUGAAGUCUCUCGAAAGUAACACGCGCUUCGUCCCUCCCUCCCGCCCUGGCGAGUCUGGCCUUCCGAACGUUUACGCCAGCUACAACUCAGGCCUGGCCUUCGAGGCGAAUCGGCCCUGCCCGCUGGCCUUCGACUCGCGCGCCGACCCGACAGGGUGGCCUCACACGUUCCCUCAUCCCGCGGAAGCCUACGGAAGCGGCAUCGCUUCCUGGACGCCGAAUGCGAACGGCUUCUUUGAGAGCCUUGCGUACACAGGGAACCUCGAGGAGCUUCGCGACUUGUGCGGAAGAACUCCAGAUGCGCGCGACUCUUCGGACCACUGGCAGGAGGCUGCUGCGGCUGCUUCUUCUCGGCUUCCACUUCGCCCACCUGCAGUCCACUCUUGGCAGGACGCGCCAUGUGCAAAGGACCCGGCGCCGUGUGUCGAACUCGCGAGAGACGAAUGCCUCGCUGGAGGAGACAGACAGACUUGCAGGUUCCACUCCGCUUUCGAUUCUGCCGACGCCGGGGAUUACAAGUUCAACACUGAUGCGCGAUGUCUUCGGGGACCGACGUUCAAUCCCCACUCGAACGCCGUCGCGACGCUUAGGAGAGAACAGGAAGCGGCGCGCGGCGCCUCCGGGCAAACGCCUUCUUUCUUCUUUCCCCGCCUUGUCCCCGUCGCCCAGACAGACUGGGAGGCCGACCCUGGAAGAGGUAGCGGAGAUUCUUUGAGCGCGCCACAUGAAGCGGGGGAAGCCGUCGGAGUCGAAGGAAGCGAAGGAGCACCCUGUGAGUGGAACUUCGAGCGCGACGCGCAUCCAGUAAUCCUCCCAACGAGCAAUUGCUCACAUGGUCACGAACGCCUUGCAAGCUCGAACGCCUUCACCGAAGCGAAGCAGAGAAACGCGCUCCGAUGCACACCUCAAGAGACAGUUGGCGGCGUCAAUGAAAAUGGCUCUCCUCUCUUUUCAACUCACCGAGACGCUCCGGAAGCGAUGUCGGCCUUGACGGAGGUCAGCGACCGCGAAACGCAGCGAGGCCCUGCUGUGUUGCAGAGUGGCAACACAGAGGCUCUCUUGCAAGAUUCCACCUCGAACUCGGCCUCGCCAACUCAGCGCCGCGCGCAUGGCCUCGACCCAGAGCCUGACGAAUCGAAGGCGCGUGGAGAACGAAGCAAAGAAGAAGACCGAGAGACCCUUCGUACCGAGGCACCGAGCAAAGGACGCAAACAGAUACUCUCGCCGCCGACUGAAAGAAACAGCAUGUAUGGAGAAGCGAUGUCCAUUGACCGACAAGUCAGUGCGCUGCCAACUCUCCUUUCGCACGGCACUGCCUUUCCAUAAGGAAGCCUUCACCAAGAUCCAGAGUCCGUUCUCCAAAAGGAUAGCGAUCCACAAGUACAUGUCCGUAAAUAUAGUCGAACAUAUAUAUAUAUAUAUACAUAUAAAUAUAUGUAUAUAUAUGCAUAUAUAUAUAUAUAUAUAUUUGCAUUCUCGAACAUAUAGAUUUUAGUAUGUAGACCGGUCGCCGAAAACACGGAGAGAAACGAAGACAAAGAUCUGUUCCUCUCCGAAGGCUCCAUCUACAUCGCCUCUUUGAACCUCAAAACAACGAAGUGGUUUGCAUCUGGGUCGCUCCAGCAGCGCGAGAGAAAGCAACGUUAAGGAGUGCCUUCGUGGACGGCACCCCGCCGCCGCAGGCAGCACAGGAUACUGUAAAAUGAAAGGCGGAAACAGGAACAAGUCGAAGGUGACCGACGAAACAACGUUCGACGCGCUCACGACUCUUGUGCGGCCUGAGAUGGAUGUUCUGCUCCACCCACGGAGCAACCGAACGCGUUCGAAGCCACUGAAAAAUUUGGAGGUUUCGCGUCUCUCACGAAUGCCACCGUCGAGAUGCGAAACGGCUCGCCAAGUCACCGUGCACACCUCGGAGACGCGCGUACAUGGCGCGUUACAUCGAUAUGAGCACAUAUAUCUAUAUAUAUAGAUACAUAUAUGCUUAUUGACAGACGAAUGAAUUUGUGUCGCCGUCUUCAUGGAGAUAUCUGUAUAUAAAAACGGCUGUGAUUUACGUGCACCUGUCUGUACUCAAAUAUAUACAUAUAUAUAUAUAUAUAUUCAUAUAUAUAUAUAUAUAUGAAUAUAUAUAUAUAUAUAAAUAGAGAGAGACAGAGACACAUCUCACCUCCCUUGAGCACAAAUCUACCUCCAGGUAAACAUUCGCACCUUUACACAGGAAUCGAGAAAGUGAAGAGCAUUCCUUUGCAGAAUCAGCCAGUCACGCGGUGCAGUGAAUGAACCGCUUGUUUCUGGUGGCUGGAUCUUGAUAUGCAUGGAGCCAGACGGCGAGGUGCCAUGACA